AGGAGAGCGAGCUGGGGAGAGCGAGGCAGUUCCGAGGGAAGGACCGGUGCGAGUCAGACCGCCCUUGAGGCUCUCUGCUCGCCCACCUUCCACUCUGCCUCCCCCCCACCCCUUCUCUUUCUCUCUCUCUUUCCCACUCUUUCCCUCUGAAAUCUCGAAUUUAGCCAAAGGAAGGAGGUAAGGGGAGCGCCCCCUCCCUCCUAAAUCUAAUAAAACUUUCACAGUUGGGACCGAGUAGUCUGUCGCCGGCUGGCCAUGGAGCUGCUUUGCUGCGAGGUGGACCCGGUCCGCAGGGCUGUGCCGGACCGCAACCUGCUGGAAGACCGCGUCCUGCAGAACCUGUUGACCAUCGAGGAGCGCUACCUCCCGCAGUGCUCCUAUUUCAAGUGCGUGCAGAAGGACAUCCAGCCGUACAUGCGCAGGAUGGUGGCCACCUGGAUGCUAGAGGUCUGUGAGGAACAGAAGUGUGAAGAGGAAGUCUUUCCUUUGGCCAUGAAUUAUCUGGACCGCUUCUUGGCCGGAGUCCCGACUCCUAAGACCCAUCUUCAGCUCCUGGGCGCAGUGUGCAUGUUCCUGGCCUCUAAGCUCAAAGAGACCAUCCCGCUGACCGCGGAGAAGCUGUGCAUUUACACCGAUAACUCCGUGAAGCCCCAGGAGCUGCUGGAGUGGGAACUGGUGGUGUUGGGCAAGCUGAAGUGGAACCUGGCUGCAGUCACCCCUCACGACUUCAUUGAGCACAUCCUGCGCAAGCUCCCCCAGCAGAAGGAGAAGCUGUCUCUGAUCCGCAAGCAUGCGCAGACCUUCAUCGCUCUGUGUGCUACCGACUUCAAGUUUGCCAUGUACCCACCAUCGAUGAUCGCAACCGGAAGUGUGGGAGCAGCCAUCUGUGGGCUUCAGCAGGAUGAAGAAGCAAACACACUCACGUGUGAUGCACUGACCGAACUGCUGGCCAAGAUCACCCACACUGAUGUGGAUUGUCUCAAAGCCUGCCAGGAGCAAAUCGAGGCUGUGCUGCUGAACAGCCUGCAGCAGUUCCGUCAAGAGCAGCACAAUGGAUCCAAGUCCGUGGAAGAUCUGGACCAAGCCACCACGCCUACAGAUGUUCGGGAUGUUGACCUGUGAGGAUGCCGUGCGGGGCCUGCAAGAGAGAGGCGUGUUUUGUCAUCUGCUCGCUCCUUCUCUCUCUCUAGUUACGUUUUGUUCUUUGUGUUUUAGGAUGAAACUUAAAAAAAAAAAAUUCUGCCCCCACCUAGAUCAUAUUUAAAGAUCUUUUAGAAGUGAGAGGAAAAGGCCCUAUAAUUGAAAUGCAUGUGGUGCCUGCUCAGAGUACAGCGAAGUACCCUUGUAUAUGCACACAGCUGUUGUUUGAUGUAAAAGUCAUAGUCAGAUGCUUACAGGAAAACUCGCAGACUAGCUCGAGAUUAUGUACACCUGCAAUAUGGGAACAAAUUAGAGGAGACUGUCUUUUGUGCUUGUGAACUAGUGCAUAUGCCCCUUUUCGUAGAAUUGCAAGGAGUUGUGGAUGCCAAAAAGGCAUGAUUAGAUUGCAAUGCAGUGAACCCAAGAAGGAAUCAGAAGCAAGCAGGGACAUGCUGGAGAGGUUGUACAGAACUACCUGUCCACAUGACUGAACCAUUUUGGAUGUAAGAAGCGCCUUGACGCCUCACCACGUGUUACCAAGACUUAGCAUGGCGAGGUCUCUACGUUGCAUAUUCUCACUGUAUACAGUAGCUGCUAUCUAAGGGAUAUGUCUUUUGCCAGUUGGACACAGGCGAUUGGUUCCUAAGUCUCAUAUUUGGUGAGUUUGUGCUUCUUCCUCCAAACAUGGUUCACUAUCGAUGUAUCCUACUGUUACCUAAUGGAGGGAAUUAGCUAUGGGCCAUGACCAGAAUUCAUCUAAAUGGGGGCAGAUGGAGACCACAAGCAGAAUCCGAAACUAAGCUUUCCUAUGUAACAGAAGAGGCCGAGGUGAUCUUUAAUCCCUUAUUAGGAAAAAACGACAACUUAGCUUCUGGUGCUGACUGGCAUGUCUGGUCCACAGUUUGAUGCUGUUAUAAACCAUUCCAUUAGAAAAGCACUUUGAAAAAUUGUUCCGGGGUGGGGUGGGGUGGGAUGGGGGUGGGGUAGAUGGGAUGGUUUAUGCAAUGUUGAAUACUCCUUCCUUCUUUGCCCCUCCCCUUCCGGUUACUGUUCAUUUCUGGAGUCUGAUGUUCUGGUACCUGGCUCUGGUGUCCCUACCAGGACUAAGAGAUCCUUCUGCUGACAUUCCCAUCCCAGCCUAAAAACAAAGGUCUAAACCAUUCUGAUGGCGUAGAAGGAUUGAUCCCCGUCUGUAUUUUUCUACUUUGAACAUGGAAAAACAUCAGGGUGUGGCAUUUUAUUCCCUUUUCCAUUUUUCUGUUUGUUUGUUAAUUUUACCGCCAAGUUAUAGUAUUCAUUGUACUUGAAUUUUUCCUCUCCCACUUCUUUGAGGCAGUCAGUAAACAGAAGUUGGAGCCACAGCCGUUGAUUGACAGGUAAUGAAGCUAUUUGUUAGAAUACUUGCCUUUUUUUUUUUUUUUUUUUUAAGAAAAGAUCAGAACAGGGCUGCUUUGGAGAGUUAAGUUCAUACAUAGGUUCCGCCUUGUUUCAUAGUAUGAGGGUUGAAGAUGGGGAAACAUCUAAGGGUCUCUUAUCUUUUGUUUUUCUUUUGUUCUGUUUAUUAUUAUUUUUCGCUGCUAAGCUGAGGUCGUUCAUUCUCUAUUCACAUUAACAGUACCUAGCUGUAAUGUUUCACGGUGUGCUGCUAUUUUAGAAACAUUGUUAUAAUAUAUUAUUUUACUGCUUAAAUUUCAAGUCCUGAAGUAGAUGGUUGAGAUGAGUUCUUUGUACUGGAAAAGCUUUUCCUCGGUUCGUUUCCUUCCGGUAGCAUAUUGAGUUCUAUUUCAUUUUGUUUGGUUCCUUUCUCUCAUGGUUCUUCUUUUUUUUUCCCCCACCUCCUCUGAUCACAUUCUUCAAAGUAUUCUUUACCUCAGGUUUACUGGACAAAAUCAAUAAUGAUAACCAUGUUCGUUUUUGUUUUCAUAAUACCUCACAGCUAUACAGUUUCUGUUGGGAUGGCCGCCAGCAGGAGGCACAGGGUGGAGGUAGGGAGGGCAUGCAGAAGCUGGGCAGCCUCGUAGAUAGAAGGCGGAAGGGGUCUGACCCCAGGGUCUCAAGCACAGGGAUCUUUUCUGUCUCGAAGGUCACCAGGCUCCCCCUUGACCCAGGCUCCCUCCUCGUGAUAAAAGAGCACGUGGAAGGGCUCCUCCACACAAGGCAGACACUUGGCAGACACAGGCAGUGCACUAGGUAAGCCUGGUUUCCAUGCAGUCACCAGGAUCAGUAAUCAAGAAUUCUGGCAGACAGUUAGGAGACACCCCCACCCGCAUCUUGUAACCCAUUCAGAAACAGGACAUUCUUCUUCACAGGGUCCCUUCAUCAUGAAAGUUGACCAGUUUACUUCUCCUUGGCACUGACACCCCAACUUAGGAUGGUCUUCAAAGUCUUCCUAGGACUGAGUCUUGGGCGCUGAGUCUGCAGCCUACAUUUAUUUCUCCCUCGUGCCCUCCACAGUGGCAGGCAAGUGCUGUGCAGGGCCAGGGUGUCUGUUGGUGGCAUUGAAUGGCUUCGGGCUUUAAAUCCCAUUGAGUGGGCCAGAUAGGAAGCACAGGUUGAAUGAGUUUGGGACGCAUGUUGAAAGGGAGUGAGAGGCUGUUCCUCUGGCCUCAAGUGUAUUUAGGAAGGAUCAGGACUCGGUGAGUUAGCAGGACCCUAAAAUUCUAGGGAGUUUGUGGGGGGCCGGUGGGUGAUGACUUGGGAAGUAUGGGAGGGGAAAGGAGCAGCCUGCAGCUAGCCCGUGUUUAUUCAGCGCUCACACUGCACAGCACACUCUUCUGGUCUUUAAGAGCCUGACAGACACAGUCCCUUGAGUUCUUGGGCAACUGGGGUGCCUGAUGAGUUACACAAGGCACACAUGACCUUGGAGUUUAACAGAAACACAGAAGGAAGGCAGCAGACGCACCAGGGAAGAAGCAGGCUACUGACUGCCUCUCUAGUCUCUAAUCUCGGAUGGAGAAGACACUUCCUGUCUGCCCUCCUCGGAGCCUGUGUGAUGAGGUGUGGACAGUGGCUCUUCUGCCUGCUCUUUGCUCACACAAGGAAAGGGAGCCUGGAUUCCUUGGUGACCAAUACCCUCUGCUUAGAUCUGAGUCUCCUUGAUAGUAGUAUUUUUGUCCCAGAGGGGUAUAAAUCACCCCGUGGAUUCCAGCUUGCUCCCCCUGUCCCCUUCACAUCCUACAAAAGGGAUUGCAGACUCUGGUCUUUUUCUGCCUUGUUAAUGAACUUUUCUUUGUUUUGUUUUUUGUUUUUUUUUUUUUCUUUGUCAUCAUUGUUGUUUGUACUUUCUCCACCUGUGGGGGCUAAGUUGUUCCCCCAGCUUGCCAAAUUUUGAUCCUUCCCUGUUUUGACCAAAUCCUAGCGGGGAGGAACCCUAGUAUGCCAAAAAUAAUAUGCUAAGCAUUAGAUUCAGAACAGUUCCUAAUAGCCAGGCAGCCUGCGAGAGGAUAAAGGCUCACCAUCUGCCAGUGCUGAGUAGCGAGCUCCUUCUAGAAGGGACAGCUUUUAGAGGUUGCUUUGGUUUGAACUGUCCCCAGGAUGCCAUCGAAGAGCAGGGCACAUCUUAGAGGCAGCCAGCCUUGAGGUGUGUGCCCACCAAGACAGACUCCUCUCUAGCAGCUAGCCAGGUUGGGGGUAUAUGUAGCUGCCUUGGAUCCCAUCCUGUUACUAGUAAGAUAAGCGACCCCUCAGAGGGAGCGUAAUAGUUUUCUUAUAGUCUAGCUCUUUGGGGACCUACCAAUCUGUGCCUUGAGAGCUGUAGUACCAACAGACUAAGAUUGGAUGGCUUUCACAAAGAGGGCAGAUGAGCUUUCUCUGCAUGGGCUAUGGGGACAGGACUGGGAAGAUCACGCUUGUACUUUAUGUCCUGUAAAUACCGAUUGUCUAGUUCAAGAGGGUAUACUGGUGGUGUGGAAACUGGAGGUAGCAAUAAGAAGUCUAAGUAAGCCAGCUGACUUCGAAGCCCAAAGGAUUCCUCUUUGCUUAUCUUAGACAGUCCAACCUUGGGAAUAGCUUUAAAAGGGAAAUUAAUACCGAGACAGCGAAGUCCCCUUAAGACAACAAGCCCCUCCAUAGGUACACAUUGCACACAGGCUUUUAUCGGUGCAGACUCCGGGGGUGGGGGGUGUGAACAGCUGCAGCACACUCAUCCAUUUGUACUAAAUCGGGUAGGAAGAUCCAGGAGGUGUGACUUCCUUACCCCAUGUGGCCUUUGAUGAUUCUAGCACAGAAGAGGCACUUGGAGCCAGAACCUGUGCCCCUCUGCUUUUAAACUUGGCUGGGCUAUCAGACCCAUUCUUGGCUCUAGUUUUAAGACGCCAACAACAAAUACACACACUUGAUGGAGCUGCAGAUCCAUCACUUUGCCUGCAGCCCACUUGUGGGGGAGAAGUGCCUUACUGACCAUAGCCGUGACGGUAGCCACUCGAUUUCAACAGGUGCCUAUCUUUGCAAAAAAAAAAAAAGAAGAAGAAGAAGAAAAAAAAAAAACACAUUAAAAGGGUCUCUUAAUUUUCGUUGGCUGUCAUUUUUUUUUUUUUUUCUGAGACAGAGUUUCUUUAUGUAGCUUUGGAGCCUACCCUGGAACUCACUCUGUAGACCAGGCUGGCCUCAAACUCACAGAGAUCCACCUGCCUCUGCCUCCCGAGUGCUGGGAUCAAAGGCGUGCGCCGCCAUCGCCGCCGCCACCACCACCCGGCUGGCUGUCAUUCUUAUGCUGAUCAUCUUGUAUGUCCCCAGCAAGUCACCAGGCCGUCGAAUUGUCUCCAUUAUGUUUAUUAUCUUUCUGCCGUGUACCUCAGAUCUAUCAGUUAUGAUCUCUUGUUUUGGAUUAUUUUUUUCUUUUUUCUUUUUUAAUUUGCUUUAAGAGUGUGAUGCCAUAUCAAAUCAAUGUUAUUCUCUCACAGUGUACUCUAUAACAGGUGUGGGUGGUUUUUAUGGUUGGGAUACUAGAAAAUGCUAAAGUAGCAUGAUCAGUGUGAAGAAAAAAAAAAGGUCUGUAGGAAAUUUGGGGGAAACACGUUGUAUUGACUAUGAUGGUGGUGACAUGGUCAGCUGUUAAGUUUUAAGUGAUUAAAAAAAAAUAACUUGUUCUUCUGACUAGUUUGAAGUUGGAUUUGAGGAUGGAGUUGUAAGUGGUUUUGAAUGCAAUUAGGUUAUGCUAUUUGGACAAUAAACUCACCUUGACCUAAAA